AUGCUGACCUCGCUGGGCUUGGCUUGCUGCAGCAUUGGCACGACUGGCGCUGCAGAGAUCGCCGAGUACAUGUCGGGCAGCGAGGCGGUGACCACCCUCGACAUCGGCAUGAAUCUCAUCUUCGCUGAGGGCGCCAAGGCGAUCGGCGAGGCGCUCAAGGUCAAUGAGGGCGCCAAGGCGCUCGGCGGCGCCCUCGCGGUUAACGCUUGGUCAGCGGCACGGCGUCGCGUCUGGGCCACGGUGUGGCGGCGCACCUCAAACUCGUCCGCGACGCCGUCCCGCACGAAAAAGAGGGUCGGGUACCCCUUGACGUCGAGGCGCGUCGCCACGUCCUCGGCGACGGUCCCGUCGACCUUGAUCAGCGGCACCCGCCCGCCGCCCGAGCAAAGCCGCCGCAGCGUCGUACUCGGGAAGGAGGGCUCGGGAGAUUUUUUUCCGGACUUGCCCGCCCACUCGUUUUUCACGGCCGCGCUAUAA